GUUUAUAUGCGCAGCGCAGCUCCCCCGGUAGAUCAUCUCACAUCAGCCUCCUGUAUUUACAGCCCCAUAUUCCGCAUCCAUCUAUCAGAAGACAAUCCAGUCUUUGAUCGCCACAUCACACAACGCAACUCUUCAUCCUCAAGCACAUCACAUAACUCAAAAUGGUGUCGCGCGUAUUGGGUAUGGGCCUUCGCGCCUUCCAGCUCUUCUGUGCUGUUAUCGUCAUAGCCAUGGCCGGCAACAACAUCGCACGCGCCACUAAUGGCACACACUCGAUCAUCAACUACACACUGUUCGUUGGUGUAUGGUGGCUGUUCACCCUGCUGUACUUCCUUCCCACAGCCUUCAUCGACAAAUUCGCCAUUCCCAUCGUUGAUAUGGUUAUGGAUGGAUUGAGCGUGCUCUUUGGCUUCUGCGCCGCUGUCGCGCUACCCGCCUACCUUGGUGCUCACAGCUGCUCGAACAGGAACUACACCCUGAACAAUGGUGUCACCAACAGCUCGCCCAGCCUUGAGCAAAAUUGUCGCCAGGCUCAGACCGCGACUGCCUUCCUCUGGUUCGGCUGGGCUGCGUUCGUUGCCACCCUUGUCUUCUCCGCUAUGGCUGGCAAGGGCGGUGCCGUCCGUGGUGGCAUCCGCCGUGGUGGUCCUUCCAUGAGCCAGGUUUAGGAGACCAAUACUUGUAAUGUCUAUUCAGAUUCGUCAUGGAACACGCGGACAGAUUGCGGGGAUGUCUAACAUCGAUUGAAUCAACGUUAAGCAUGCGAAUACCCUGAGGACAGUUUGGGUGUGCUGGAGCUCACGUCCUGCAUAUGUAUUAUAUUGAUGACGGACAUAAUAUCGUAUGGCGCAAGUCGCAAAUGCAAAAGGUUGGGUUGGGCAUACCUGGAAUCACAAGACACGGUUACGGCGUUCUGUAGUAUAAUGACCAACACGAAUUUUACGAUUUACUUCAAAU